CCUUGAGAAUCCCGUGCCUUUUACGAUUGACACGUCUCCGGAAAGCUCCUAGGACAGACAGAUUGCGGACCUUGCUUAGGCCUGCGCCUCUGGAUAGUCGAUCGGGGAAGCCACUCGCACAGAUUCUUGUGUCUGCCAUCAUCGGAUCAUACAUCAACCUCCUCCGCACCACAAUCUCACAAUCAAUAUGAGCGCUCGCACGAGAAGACAGAAGGCUGCUGCUGCGGCCGAGAUCGACGUCUCACCCGGUGGUAAUGCUGCAUUGAUUUCCAACGAGGUGAACGACCCCACCGUUGUAGAAGAGCCCGAUGAGAACGUCUUCCUCUUCUACCCGAACGUGAUUGGUUACUCGCGAAUCGUUUUAGCCGUAGCUUCACUUUACUACAUGCCCCUGCAUCCCCGAACCUGCUCCCUUCUAUACAGUAUAUCGUGUCUACUAGACGCGCUGGAUGGCGUGGCGGCGCGUCAUUUCAACCAGUCCACCACAUUCGGCGCGGUCUUGGAUAUGGUCACGGAUCGCUGUACGACCGCCUGUCUGCUCGUCUUCCUGAGCUCCGCUUGGCCGCGAUGGGCCAUCCUGUUCCAAGGUCUGAUUAGCUUGGAUCUGGCCAGUCACUACAUGCACAUGUACGCUACCUUGUCCAUGGGCGGCGCAGGUCAAAGCCACAAAAAGGUUGAUUCCAGCCGCAGCUGGAUUCUUUACCAAUAUUACCACAGCAGGACUGUACUGUUCAUAUGCUGUGCCUUGAACGAGCUCUUCUUCAUCGGGCUCUAUCUUCUUUCCUUUUCGUCGCCCAUCUUAUCGCCAUCUCUCCUGCAGCCAAUUCCUGCUUCUCAGGGCCAGUCUGCUCAGCCAGGAAAUCCUGCGCACCCGGUCCCGACCAGCCUGUUCGCGAGUCCUUGGAGUGCUGGGGCUCUGGAGUUGGCCCGUGCCAACAAGAUGGACAGCUUCUGGCCGUGGGUGAUUACUGGUAUCUCGGCACCCGUUAUGGCUAUUAAGCAAUUUAUCAACGUGGUACAGUUGGUCAAGGCUAGCAGGUGGCUUGCGGAGGGCGAUUUGGCCAACCGGAAAGCUGCUCGCGCCGUCAAGGCGACUUAAGUCUGUCUCCAGACACGGAGCACACAGGUCCUCCAGCCAUUGACCCUGCUAAGGAUGAUGCCAUAAGAGUCUGACUUCAUGUUCUACUCUUCGCUUUGUGGGAACUUCCACUCACGGCGACUUUCUCCACGCAAAACCGA